GCAAUACAACGGGCACGUUGCGGAUUAGGGUUUGAUCGCCACCACGGUCGGCUAACCUCCACGCCGUCAAGCGGUGAGCAGAUCAGUAUCCUACAAAGUCCCGCCGGAGCCGUGUGCAUGGGGAGAUGAAUAACAUACAACGCCUGGUCGGCUAUCUUCUGGAUCCGGAGGCACUCAACGUGGACCAUGAUCUGCCGAUCGUGUGCCUCGGGCAGGAGUUUAGCGCGGAGCCGGACGCUGACAGGGAGGAUGGGCUCGAGCAGGAUGGCGGGGAGGCCGUCGAGGACGCGCAGGUGAUGGGCGAGGGCGACGAGCCACAACAGCCGCUGCGGAAUCAGCAGCAGCAGGCAGUCGAGACGCUCAAGCUGGCUAAGAACAGGAUCUCAAACUACAUCGCCCAGCUAAGGAACGACGAGGAGAAAGCAGACGAAGCCACGCGCAUCGAGCGGUCGACUAGCUGGCCAUCCGCAUUCGUGUCUACUAUCGAGUCACUCUACUACAUGAGCUACCGCACCGAGUUCCCUCUGAUCCCACGCUCAGCCUCCGGUCCGGCGCCGGUGUCGGUGUCUGCGUUGCUGCGCGGACAUGUAAACGAUCGAUCUGGCUUCACGAGUGAUAUCGGCUGGGGCUGCAUGGUCAGAUCAGGACAGACGAUGCUUGCAAACUCGCUCGCGCGACUACAUCAUGGAUCUAAACUACUGGCCUGGUUUGCUGACGAUCCACAGGCGCCGUUCUCGAUCCACAAUUUUGUUUACUACGGACAGGUCGCGUGUAAGAAGCUUCCCGGAGAAUGGUUCGGUCCAAGUGCGGCUGCGCGGUGCAUGAGCAUUCUGUGCUCGAGUUUUGCCGACUGUGGGUUGCGAGUUUAUAUAAGCGGUGAUGCUGGUGAUGUCUACGAGGACAGUUUCUUGAAAGUGGCGACUGAUGAGGACGGCGUUUUUCAUCCGACUCUGUUGCUCGUCGGGAUCCGUCUUGGGAUUGAAAAGAUCACGCCGGUGUACCAUGACGCACUCAAGUUCUCGCUUUCACUACCUGAGUCAGUAGGGAUCGCCGGAGGAAGACCCUCGGCAUCGCACUAUUUCUUUGCAUAUCAGGGAUCUAAUUUCUUCUACCUCGACCCACACUACCCGCGCAAGGUGCUCAAAUACAAACAAGACAUAUCAGAAUACACAGACGAAGACCUCGCAUCAGUUCACACAAGCCGAGUUCGCAACAUCAAGAUCGACACCAUGGAUCCCAGUAUGCUCAUCGGGUUUCUCAUCAAAUCGCGCAGUGAUUGGGAUGACUGGGUCUGUCGGAUCAGGGAGUUCCCCGGUCGCAAAUUCAUUCACAUCUCAAAGGCGGAGCCACAUUUCGGACAGUCAAAGCAACAGGAACAACCGCAGGCUGCGGCGGCGGUAAGUCACUCUAGUGCAGAAGCGGACAUAUCAGCCGGCGGAAGCGUGAUAUCGGAAGAUAGUAGUGGCAGUCUGCCGGACAAUUCGAUCCCAGACGACUAUGUCGACGUCUGUCGCGAGGAGGACGAGCAGGUAGACGGCACUGGUGACAGAUUUUCGGCUUCAUCCUCAGACAACGAGGGUGAUGACGACGACGAAGAGGAGGAUAUGACGGGCGUUCAGGUACUAGAAUCGGAUUGUGACGGAAGCAUGACGAUGUUAUCGUCUUCAUCAGUCGCUGCGCCCAACGUUGAAGAAACCACAGCGCAGGAUGGUGGUCUAAAGACUGAUGAAUGCGGUGAAGGAUGGCAGUCUUCAUAAACAUUUAGCUUGGGGAUGUGUGUAAAGUUAAGAAUAGUUUUUGCGGACA